CAUCUUAGUGGCUAACCAUGAAGCAAAUACAUAAAUGUUAAGAAGGAUGUCACAAUUGGACUAUAAAAACCAGAGAUCCUAACUCAACUAUGCAACACAAGUCUUAGUUCUAUCCUUUCUUUUCUCUCCAAGAAUCACAAUGAGAAGCUUUUGGAAUUUGGGGCAAUUGCCUCUUCUAGCAUUUGCUUUGGCAAUUUGCUUUGUAGCCAGCACUGUUGUUGCUGAUUACUCUUAUGGCUAUACUUCUCCCUCACCUUCUUACAUCUCUAAGAAGUACUACAAAUCACCAUCUCCAUCUCCAUCCAACUAUCAUGAACCAACUCCAUACUACAAGAAACCGGAGAAACAUGCUGAACAUUCUCCAUCACACUAUUACAAGUCCCCUACUCCUUCAAAGCAUUACUACAAAUCACCAGUAGUAGUGAAGUAUUACAAAUCACCAGUUCCUUCAAAGAAGUACUACAAAGCGCCUUCCCAUCCAAAGAAGUACUACUACAAGGCACCUUCCCAUUCAAACAAGUACUACAAAGCCCCUGCUCCUUCAAAGAAGUACUACAAGUCCCCUGCCCCUUCAAAGAAUUAUUACAAGUCACCAUCUCCUGCAAAGUACUACAAAUCUCCUUCACCUGCAAAAUACUACAAGUCACCUGCUCCAUCAAAGCACUAUUACUAUAAGUCACCAUCCCCUACAAAGUACUACAAAUCUCCAUCGCCUACAAAAUACUACAAGUCGCCUGCUCCAUCAAAGCACUAUUACUACAAAUCUCCAUCACCUGCAAAAUACUACAAGUGGCCUUCACCAUCAAAUCACUAUUACUACAAGUCACCAUCUCCAACAUACAAGUCACCCGCUCCUUCUAAAUACUAUAAAUCUACCCCUUACUACAAGUCCCCUCCACCUCCCCCAUACUACAAAGAAUCUACCCCUUACUACAAGUCCCCUCCACCUCCCCCAUACUACAAAGAAUCUACCCCUUACUACAAGUCCCCUCCACCUCCCCCAUACUACAAAGAAUCUACGCCUUCCUACAAGUCCCCUCCCCCUCCACCAUACUACAAAGAAUCUACACCUUCCUAUAAAUCACCUCCACCUCCCCCAUACUACAAAGAAUCUACCCCUUCCUAUAAAUCCCCUCCUCCUCCACCAUACUACAAAGAAUCUACACCUUCCUAUAAAUCUCCUCCACCCCCAUCAACCUACUAUUGAAAUAGUUACUAAUUCUAUCAUUUCCACCAUUUCCAUGAAUUGUAACUCCUACUUUUAGUAUCUCUAUUUCCUCAGCCAAAAUUUUAUGUAUUCUUCAAGAAGGUUUUGCUUGUUUUGUGUGUUCCUUUCUUUUAAUAAUUUGUAAUAUGCAUUGUUUGAGAUCCUCAAGAUCUCCUUCAGUUUGGUUCAUUGUAUCAAGAUUCUUUUUGAUGUAAUCUCUUGAGAGUUCAACUUUGUGUAAUACUAUCUUCUUCUUUAUCAAAUAUUGCGUUCUCUUAUUGGUUGAGUUCUUGACUUCUUUCAUUGUUCCAUAAGCAUUCACCUUCUGGACAUCUAUGCUAAACUCUUAUAUGAAGAGAAACCACUUCUGAGUAUAGUUUGGUAACUGUACUCAUUAACUUUUGAGAAAGUAAAAUUAUGUAAAAUAAACAGAAUAAGAAAGAAAUAAUGAGGCAUUUAAACUAAGAAAAUACAUCAUUUUGACAAUUCUUUUCUAAGAUAGAGAAGAGGAAAAGGCAACAUAGUCAAGGUUUAUCGACAUUUUUCUCUUCAAAGAUUACUGUUUUCAUUAUUGAUUUUUCCUUCUGUGAAGAUGUAACCAAGUUUCAGAUUUGUUAGAAAAGUAUUCUUAGUUUUAUAGGUUAAAUUAAAAACUAUAUGUGCAACUCCAACAUUAUUGCCUCCAUUAAGUUACUAAUAAAUUAACAAACAAUUCGUACGGAAAUGGGAUCCCAAUAGCAAGAGACAAAAGAUUCUUAUGAGAAAACAUAAGUAAACGAGCCUCUACUUGAACCUCCAAGGAUAAAGGUACAUGAACAACCAUUUGAUCUCCAUAAAAAUCGGUAUAGAAUCCCUUGAAAACUAAUGGAUGUAAACAAAUAGCGUCCCUCCACUAAAACAGGCUGGAAUGCCUGUAUGCCUAAUCUAUGCAGAUUGGAUGCUCUAUUCAGCAAUAUAGGAUGUCCCUGUGUAACUUCUUGAUCAGUAAAAAAGAGUAAUCUUCUUAUGUAGUUAUUCAUAAGUUGUUAUCCCCUUACAUCUAACUAUUAAAUAAAUAAGUUUCAUACCCCAAGAACACGAAAAGAAACAUACUGAUAUUAAUCCGACUUAAGUAGGAAAACAU